AUGUUUUUGUCGUAUGACAAAGUGUCGAAAGUGUUAGGGAUGACGAUGUACGAACUGUGGAUCAAUCUGGUGUGCAUUCUUCUUUCGUCGGUUUUGCUGGUUUUAAAGUUGGAGGAUGUCUUGGAGAUGUCCUGGUUCAUCGUCUUUACACCUAUGUUCGUCUGCAGUGGACUGCUUGCCUAUCUGAUCAUCAUCAUGUACAUUCGUUCACUGCAAUCUCGAAGCAUCAGCAGACAGAGUGCCACUUUCAAGAUGUUCUUUUCAUCAUUUUUCACCAUCGCAUUGUUUUCAUUUUACUUGUUAGUUUGUUUGAAAUUGAACAAUUUGUCACAUCUCUCAUUUUCAAUCAUACUCACCCCACUGUAUCUGGCUCUAGUCGUUUCUAUAUUUCAAGUCUGCAAGAAUUGA